AUGGCUAGGAUCAGAAGAAUCCCAAAGCGCCAUACUCACCACCAAUACCACGUCGAUUUCUUUGGAGAAGGUUUGAUUGUCACGGUUACUCACACUGCCUCAGUGAUCCGCCAAUGGAUCCACACCGUUCGCCACAACAACCGUCUACGCUCUCCACACCCUCUCGUUGUUGGUCUCGGCGUCCAAUGGACACCUCAUGGUACCGAUCCUCCUCCGAAAGUUCUCCAACUAUGCGACGGUAACCGCUGCCUCAUCAUUCAAUUGUCUUACUGUAAGCGCAUGCCUAACGUCCUCCGAAGUUUCUUGGCCGAUAGCCGAAUCACUUUCGUUGGAUUCUGGAACUACCAAGACAAGAAAAAGCUUGAGAGAUUCGACCAUAAGUUGGAGAUCUGGAGACUUCUAGACAUAAGAGAGUAUCUGGUAUCGUGGCUUGUGAGUAGUUCGUUUGAGAAAAUUGUGAAGGUGUAUUUGGGGCAUGAAGGAGUGAGGAAAGAUAAGGAGAUAUGUAUGAGUGAUUGGGGCGUUCGCAACCUUUCUCACGAUCAGAUAGUUCUGGCGUCACAUGAUGUCUAUGUUUGCUGCAAGCUCGGUGUUAGGGAACGUCUCUGGAAAGUGAGAGGUUGA